CACAGUCUGGGUGGGAUGAAGUGGAGGAGGAAGUCAGCGUGCACUUACGGCGCAACUUUGCCUGAGCAGAUCUGUCUUCUCUGCUGCCAUCACCUGUGGACGGCGGAAUCCAGUUUCUUCAGCUUUUCCAAGCACACUGAGCCGCUUCUGGACCCUCUGGCUCUUCAGUUUGAAGAAGGAGUUUUGCAGAUUUGCAAAAUGAUGACUAUGACUAUAUAUUUGAUCUGGGGGAUUGCUGUAGUAGUAUGCAGUUGUUUGUGGUUCCAUUUUGGAAUAAGAAGAAGGAAAAUAGGAGAACCGCCUCUGGAGAAUGGGCUGAUUCCAUACUUGGGUUGCGCUCUGAAAUUUGGGGCCAAUCCUCUUGAGUUUCUCCGAGCAAAUCAGAGGAAGCACGGUCAUGUGUUCACCUGCAAACUAAUGGGAAAAUAUGUCCAUUUCAUUACAAAUUCUUUGUCAUACCAUAAAGUGUUGUGUCAUGGAAAAUAUUUCGACUGGAAAAAAUUUCAUUACACUACUUCUGCCAAGGCGUUCGGGCACCGCAGCAUCGACCCAAGCGACGGCAACACCAGCGAGAACAUCCAGAGCACCUUCUCGCGCACGCUGCAGGGCGCCGCCCUGGACGCGCUGGCGGCCGCCAUGCUGGAGAACCUGCAGCGCGCGCUGCGGCCGGCGGGCGUAUGGAAAACUUACUCUCUUGGCAUCUUUUCUUUCCUCUUAAUUUUCUACAGGAGUCCUGAAGCAAAGAAAGCGGCUGCUGAAGAAGUGAAUAAGGCCUUAGAGAAUGCUGGACAACAACGCAGCUUUGAGAGCAAACCUAUUCAUUUGAAUCAAGUGCAGCUGAACGACCUGCCGGUUCUAGAUAGUAUCAUCAAAGAGGCUCUGCGGCUUUCCAGCGCCUCCCUGAACAUCCGGACAGCCAAGGAGGAUUUUACUUUGCACCUUGAGGAUGGUUCCUACAACAUCCGAAAAGAUGACAUCAUAGCUCUGUAUCCACAGUUGAUGCAUUUAGAUCCAGAGAUCUACCCUGACCCUUUGACUUUUAAAUAUGAUCGAUACCUAGAUGAAAACAGGAAAACAAAGACCACCUUCUACAGCAAUGGAAUCAAGUUGAAGUACUACUACAUGCCUUUUGGGUCAGGAGCUACCAUAUGUCCUGGAAGAUUAUUUGCUAUCCAAGAAAUCAAGCAGUUUUUGAUCUUGAUGCUUUUGUAUUUUGAACUGGAGCUCGUGGAGAGUCAAAUUAAAUGCCCCCCUUUAGACCAGUCCCGUGCAGGCUUGGGCAUUUUACCACCAUUAAAUGACAUUGAGUUUAGAUAUAAGCCCAGACACGUUUCAACAUGUGGGUAGAGAGAGGCACUAGGUGAUGUUACAGGACUACUGUGUCACAAUGCUUUGCAGUCCCUUUGAGCAGAUGUGCCCAGAGGUGAGGAAGGGUCCAGUAUGCUUGGUUCUUCUCGCUGAUACUUGCUUGCUCAUCUAGCAUUUUAUUAGGUUUCCAGAUGCGCUCAGGCUGUGCUAGUGAAAGAGCUAAUUUCCAGGAGCACAAUAAUUUGUUCUUACUUGCAUGAGGCAGUGGAUGUUCUUAUACCUGAGGACUGAAAUUCUUUACUUUCAGUGAAAAAUGCAUUUUUUUUCUCAAAAUGAAGAUACUCCAAAUGGCAAAAUUUUUUUCCUAAGGAAAUUUAUUUUUAUAAAAAUCAACAAUUUUAUGAAAAAGAUUCAAGUUCACGUUUUAGUGAAAAGGCAUUAUUUUUGACUAACUGGAAAUCUUCAGGUAGGAACAUAUUAGCAAAGAUAUUUUAAAGGAUUAUAUUAUACCUUUUAUUAAAAUCAUAAAAGAAUUCUCCAUAUUCAGUAUUUAGGAUUUGUUACAUGAUGCUCUUGGUGUCCAGAAAAUACUAACGGUGGUCCUGAUAGCUUCCCUUUAUUUUUGAAUUUAUGGCUGCUGGAAACUGUUACAGCAGGCUUCAGCUGUUUUAUUUGUACCUUGAUUGCAUAUUAGUAGAAGUAUUUUUCGGAGACUAAAAAUGCACUUUUUCUGUCAUUGGUAAAUGUGCAUCAGUGAAAAGAAUGUGGCUCUUCUGUGAUACAUUUUAAAGUUAAAAUGGGAUAAAAAUGACCAUUUAAAAGUUUUGGUCACGAAAUACUGAAUUUACUAAGCACAGCUUGAUAUUAUGCUUUAUUUAAAUAUCUGUUAUUUCCAAACAACUGGCAGUUAAGGAAAAAUAAGACUAAUAGUGUUUAAAUGCUGUGUAUAAUGCUUUGAUAAAAUUUCAAGCAUUAAAGUUAUCAGCUUUGCUAUUUUUAUUAAUAUUUCAUAUGUAUUUAUAUGUAAAUUAUAUUUAACUUUUCUUGUACUAUGUUAAAAUACUGUAACAUCUGGUAAUGUUGAAAUUAUUCCACGUAUGCAUGUGGUAUGCAUGUGUGUUGUAAACCUUGAAGUAUUUAGAAUACUUACAAUGUUUGCCUACUGAUAAAAUUCAGAAAUUCAUUCAAAAUAUUUACAUUUCCAAAUAUUAAAAAAAAAAAUUCAGGCCAGGUGUGGUGGCGCACACCUUUAAUCCCAGCACUGGGGAGGCAGGAGGAUUGCUGUGAGUUUGACAUUAGCUUGGGCUACUUAGUUCAACGCCAGGUUGAACUGCAUAGAGAGACAUUGUCACUAUUAAAAGUAUUAAUUCACUCAAAAAUCUCUCACAUUACAUGAAAUCACUUAAUUUUUUUUUUGAAGGCUGGGGAUUGAACCUAGAGCUUUGUAUAUGGUGGACAAGUAUUCUACCAUUGAAUUAUGUCCCCAGCUGUCCUUAAUUAUUUUUUUAAUACCAUUUCGUACUACUAUGAAGUUAUCUCUUCUGUAGGUUACUUUUCAUAUCAAUAAAGUUAAACUCACUAACAUAAGGUUAAUACCAAUAAAAUUCUGUUUUAUAGCAACCAGAAAUUGAACCUGGAACUGAAUUUCUAAUGCAAUUUUCUAAUAAACUUUAUCCCAAUGCAUUCAUA